AUGACCACUUCGCCUGUAAUCACCGCGACCUCCGUGCAACCCGCUGAACCCGUAUUCCAGACUCCUUGCGGCAUUUGCAGAAGGCAAUUCUCGAAAUACCUAUGCUCUCGAUGCAAUCUACCGUACUGUUCAUUGGGAUGUUUCCGUUCUGACUCCCAUGCCGAAUGUUCGGAAGCUUUCUACCGGAAGGAAAUCGAGUCUGAUAUCAGCGGCACGCCCUCGAAGACGGCGGAUGAGCGGAGACAGAUGAUGGAGCUACUGAAGAGGUUCGAGGAAGAUUCCCAACAAGACGAUGACUUAACGCUAGACUUAGACGACGAGGACGAGAAUUCACUAGCCGCGAGACUGGGCCACCUCGAUAUCGAAUCUGCAUCGCCUGAUGCACUAUGGGACGCGCUCGAUGACGAUCAGCGUGCUAAAUUCAUGAAACUCUUGGGCAACCCCUCGAGCGAGAUGGCCCAACAGCUUCUGGCAAGCCCCGCCCUGCAGGAUACGUGGCUGGCGCCAUGGUGGGAAGACCCUUCCUACAACGGGCACAUGCAGAAUGGUGCAGUCGAUCUACAUGAUGCACGCCGGGGCCAACGAUAUGGAGCGUCGCCCGAGAUGAUGUCGUUCCCGUCGAAGAUGGUUAAAUCACUAUCGACCGCCGCGCACAGAGGACCCUUCCUGCUCUAUAAUCUAGUAGCCGUCUGCCUCGCGUAUGCCUACACCAGCAGGCAUCUGUGCGCGUUCCCUCUCUCUUCGGUGGAGGUUUCGGAUAUACCUAUCACGCGGUCUAGAAUCGCGGGGAUCGCGCCCUUCUUGACGGACCGAAGAUCCCAAUUCGUCCAUCCGACCUUAUCAAGCGUAGAGACUGCGUUCUACUCCCACCUCUCGGAAGGCGGGGAUUCGGUGUCCUCCGAGCAGUUCUGUCUUCUCUUACGAGAUGCCGCUGCUCUCCUUCGAGCCCGGAGGGUGGUACAGUUGAGAUCAGAUGGAUCUGACUUCGCCAAAGAUGGACCCCUGAUUCCCGUCGACCAUCCCACGGCCACGACGCUCCUCGUCAUCUCCGACCUUCACAGACUAUUCCUCGAUCACUCUGGGAACGACGGUCGCCAGAGACAAAGUCAUGUCACAAACAAGCUCGUCUUCUACGGUGCUCAUGUGUUGACAUCGCCUCCCGCACUCCUUCGCUCAAUCGCCGACGAAGCUAUGGCGAGGUCUCUGUCGCUCGCGGCUGAGAGCGUCGCCUCUACCGGAGCCCCGGCUACCGAAGCUCGCCGACUUUCCGGACAUCGACGGACGGGCCACGAUUCCGACGCCCCAAGGAUCGAGGAGGUAGCGUGA